UUUUCUUUGUCACCAAAAUCUUCACCUCAAUGUUCCAUUUCUGACAGAUAAAUUGAAAAGAAACAAACUAAUCAUGAAUUCUUGCAUUUUCUUGGAUUCAAACUCGAACCCAUCUCUCAAAAGCCUCUCUUUAUCAUCACUAUACCUUCAAAUUCUCUUAUUUUUUCUUAUUCAGAUUCAUUUCUGUUUUUCUUCUUCACCUAAAUCUCUCGUCUUCCCCCUUAAAACCCAAACCCUGAGAUCUCCGAACAAGCUUCAGUUUCAGCACAACGUUAGCCUUAUUGUGUCUUUAUCAGUAGGCACUCCACCACAAAAUGUCUCCAUGGUUCUCGACACUGGAAGCGAGCUCUCUUGGCUCCGUUGCAACCAAACCACCCGGAAAAACCAACCGGACCCGACAAUGUUCUACCCCAAUCAAUCAACCUCGUACAAACCAAUCCCUUGUUUCUCCCCCACAUGCACAAAUAAAACCCGAGAUUUCCCGAUCCCAGCUUCAUGCGACUCCCACAACCUUUGCCACGCCACUCUUUGCUACGCUGACUCUUCUUCUUCCGAUGGAAAUCUCGCCUCCGAUAUCUUCCAUCUCGGGUCAUCCGACAAUAUCUCGGGCCUUGUUUUCGGUUGCAUGGACUCCAUUUUCAGUUCCAACUCCGACCAAGACUCCAAAACCACCGGGUUAAUGGGCAUGAACCGUGGCUCCCUCUCUUUUGUUUCCCAAAUGGGAUUCCCCAAGUUCUCGUAUUGCAUCUCGGGUUCCGAUCUCUCCGGUCUCCUCUUACUCGGCGACUCCAACCUAACGUGGCUUGCACCGUUAAACUACACGCCGUUAAUCCAAAUCUCCCAACCGUUGCCGUAUUUCGAUCGGGUCGCUUACACAGUUCAGCUUGAAGGCAUCAAAGUAUCGGGUAAGCUAUUACCGAUUCCGAAGUCCGUUCUAGUCCCAGAUCAUACCGGGGCAGGUCAAACCAUGGUUGACUCGGGUACUCAAUUCACUUUCUUAUUGGGACCCGUUUACAACACUUUAAGAGGGGAGUUUUUGAAUCAAACAAGCGGUGUUUUAAGGGUUUUAGAGGAUCCCAACUUUAUUUUCCAGGGGGCAAUGGAUUUGUGCUACAGGGUGCCGUCGGGUCAAGGCAGGCUGCCGGAUCUGCCGUCAGUGGGUUUGGUAUUUGCCGGGGCGGAAAUGGUGGUGUCGGGUGAUCGGGUUUUAUACAAGGUUCCGGGUGAAAUAAGGGGGAGUGAUACGGUAUGGUGCAUGAGUUUUGGGAAUUCUGAUUUAUUGGGUGUGGAGGCAUACGUGAUUGGUCAUCAUCAUCAACAAAACGUGUGGAUGGAAUUUGAUCUUGAGAGAUCAAGGAUCGGAUUGGCUCAGGUGCGCUGUGAUAUGGCUAGGCAGAGAUUGGGUGUUGGCCUAUAGGGACCAAUCAAAGCCCUAUAAUAUGUGUGAUCUGACGGCACCAAGCAACCGAUGGAAUUUCUUCCAAUUUGUAACUCCGAGUUUUAUAACUAAAAGAUCCCACUCAUGUGUAUAAGCCUCUAUUAUAACUAUAU